CAAACCAUUCCUUUCCUUAUUGCUGAUAUCGCGAAGCCGCCAACGGGUAAACUGAGCUUGUUCAACUCGUACGUGACACUUUCUCGUAGUCACGGAGAGGACAAUAUUCGAUUACUGCGGGAUUUUGAUGAUGACAUAUUCAAACAGGCUCGUGACCCAUUUCUCAUUCAGGAGGAUGCUAGACUAGAAAGGUUAGAUCAAAGGACAAAGGAGUGGUGGAUGGAGAUGCGUCAAAAAUUACAUAGGAAUUAA